AUGGCGUUCCUACACGCACACUCGUGCGAGUGUCUUAAGUCGGAGCUUGAAUUAUUUUCAUUACCACCAACCCAGACAACGAUCGAGGGGACACACUCUGUAUACUACAAACCAAUCUCAUCUCUGACGGAUGAUUCACCGAUAGAAUUUGUCGUCCCAGGCCAGGGGGAUGAGUACAUUGAUCUCGCACAUACAAUGCUAAGUAUACGCGUUAAGAUAGAUGCUCCAGAUUAUAAAAAGGCAGGGGGGUUAGAGGGCGUGUCACCCGAUGUAGGACCUGUCAAUAAUCUCCUACACUCAAUGUUCAGCCAGAUCGAUGUAUUUUUGAAUCAAAAACUUGUGUCUCCUCCUAACAAUGCUUAUGCUUAUAGAGCUUAUAUUGAAACUCUAUUGAACUACGCGUACGCCGCGAAGACCUCGCAUCUUACGAGCGCUUUAUGGUAUAGUGAUACAGAGGGAGCAAUGGAUGAUAAGGGUGAUAGUAACAAAGGACUUGUAGAGAGACGGGAUGCAUUAGGCAAAGAUAGAACGAUCGGUCUUCUUGGACAUCUGCAUUGA